AUGUUUUCAAGCAUUAAAAUACAUUAUAGGUAUAUAACUUUACGAAAAUGUAUAAAUAAAUAUAAUAUUAUAGAAAAUCAUAUUUUUAAUAUACGUUGUAUUAAUUUUCAUAACACAACUAACCAUCAAAAAAAUGUAAAUGAAUAUUUUGAUUAUAAUGAAGAUUAUAAAUUAUUGAAAAGACUUCAAAACAAUGAUUUACUCGAUGUGCUAGAUAUAAAGGAUGAUAAAGAUGGCUUGAAAAUAAAAAAGAAAUAUCUUAAAUUGCUUAGGGCAUAUCACCCCGAUACCUAUAUGAAAGAAAAAAAUGAAAAACGAAAGAAAAUGAAAGAAGAAAUUUUUAUUCAAAUAUAUACCAAAUAUAAAAAUUUUAGUAACCAAUAUGAUAUCCAUAAGUCAAACGAUUUCGAUGAGUCUAUAUAUGAAAAUGAGGAAGAUAAAGAAGAAAGAUUAGAAAGAUACAAGCGAUAUUCUGAAGGGAAAAGAAAUGACAUUAACACCAAGAACAUUGAACUGUAUAUUUUAAUAACAAUUUUAUUAAUAUUCGUUACAGUUUUUUUAAUAUGUGCAUAUCUCCCUUUUAAUGCAAAUCCCACAAGAGAAGAACUUUGCGAAACUGCUGAAACAUAUGAAAAAGUGCAAAUUGUUUCAUGUUUUUACAAUCCAGUUAUGAAAAGAUAUGAAUAUCUUUCGUCAGAGUAUUUUAUUCCUCCUACACCGGAGCAAUUAUAUUACUUUUACAAAAACAACUUCCCCAAUUUGGAUAUAGAAGAGGAUAUUCUAAAUAUGAAGCGUUUCGAAAUUAUAAAGUUACCCAAAAACAGAGCGAAGAAAUGCAGGUUGGUAUAUGAUUUAAAAACAAACGAACUAAUAUUUUUAAAAAAAAAAAUAAGGAAGAAAUUAUAA